GGGGUGGGGAGUAGGAGCAGGAUGAAUGCCGAGGAUUGGGAAAUGGGCCACUUGUACAUGGCUAGGACCUUUCAUGCCACCACGCCGUCGCCGCCACUUGCGAGAUGGCCUCUCAGCUGGAGCUAUCAAGCUCUCAAGUUCACAGAUUGGUUCUACGCCAAGCACACCGGAAUGGACACGGUCGUCUACGUCCGCUUCCUUCGGGCUUGCACUUGGUGGCUGCUCUUGCAGACUCUGACCACCGCUCCCAUCCUCCUGGCCAUCCACUUCAACUUCUCGAAAGGCAUUCCUCUGACGGACAUGUCAAGAGCUUCCUUGUCAUGGCUGGUCACUACCCCAAAGGACCCGAAGCAGUGUCAGAGCAACGCCGCUACUUGCGAACGCGAACCCAACCCACAAGGAAGGAAGCUGCUCUGGAUCCAUCUGUGCCUGCUGUGGUGGAUCUCAUGCACAUGGUGCUAUGCGCUUUGGUGGAUCGGAAGGGGCAGUCUUCAGAUUCGACGACGUCUCAUCGAUGAUCUCCGCAAGCGGAAAGCGGAAGAGAAGGAGAAAUCAGUAGCAGAAGCCAGCUCGCGCAAUCAGCAUUUCCAAGAGGACACUCAGCAUCCACCCCAGCUGCGGAGCGAAGUGGAUCAGACGCACGAACCGUCGGUAUUCAAGAACGUUGCUGAAGCUCAGGGACUCACGCCCCCGGCAGACGACGGCGAAGGCUGGCGACAACGAACACUGAUGGUGAUGAAUCUGCCCGUAACGAUGCGCGACGAGGCUUCCGUUCGGCGAUACUUCGAGGAAUUCUUGCGCCCAGACGACGGCAGUAUUCUGAGCAUCGAGGAUCAGCUCGAACGCACUUCUGAAAAUAGGAGAGAGGCGAACACCUCGGAGGCGUCCGAUGCGCCCCUCAAUGGGGAGCCGGUAGAAGGUGAAGGGACCACGCGCGGUAUCCCGCAAUCGGCGAGCGAUUUCUACGCUUCUCGCAACAUGCGCUCCCCGGUGCAGACAGUCGUCCUGGUGCGCAAGAUGAACGAGCUGUCCAGUAUGUUGCAACGCAGGCAAGACAUCUUGUCCCAGCUUGAGGCGGCCCACAUCAAGCUUGCCCAGAACGCGAUGCAGGCUGUGGGCAAGACGACGCAAAAGAUUCGCAAGGAUCGACGUCGAGAUGAAAAGAAUCGUAGGAAAGCUCCCGUAGAUGCGAAGAAUGAUCCUUCACCGGAUGCUCGUGGAGGAGAUGGCCAAGAUGACGGGCCCCCUGCCCUAGUCGCCGACAUAGAGAAGCAAGCAGUCGGAGAGGGCAGAACAGAACAGCAACGGGCUGUGGAGCUUGCACAUCGACUUGCGUCCUUCUCGCCAGCCAACAAGGGUAUGCACACCCGCGUGCGAGAUAUGGCAGGCUUGCAGAUCGAAGCUGGAGAGGGCGCGCGCGAAGAGAAGGACGGCAUGCCAGAGACUGUCUGGGAGGCCCUCGCUGACGUUCCGAGGGAAUUGCUUGAUCCUUACCAACCUUUGACCCGCCUCAGCGCUCUUUUUCGGGGGCAGACAGUUCCCACCAUCGACUAUCUCCUCACCAAACUCAAUUUGCUCACAGCCCUUGUGACCGAGAUGCGCGCCCGACCGCCCACUAGUUACGAACCUACAUCAACUGCUUUCGUCACGUUCCGCGAUCCCCGGCAAGCUAGGAUGGUCUGGCGCGAGCUCAAGACACAAAUCGUCAUCAAGGUUCGGAUGGCCCCCGAAGUCAAGGAUCUGGAUUGGGAGAGGCUUAUGCGUACCUCCUUCACCGGAGACUUGGUGCGAGGUCUCGGUGUCAACGCGUUCUUCUGGGGCUUCACCAUCUUCUGGGUCAUUCCAAUCAACUUGUUGACCACUGGUCUCUUCAGCGUGCAAAACAUCGAGCUGGUCGUUCCCGGCCUGCGUCAAUUCUUCGACGCCAACCCUCACUUCAAGGGUUUCGUCACAGUCACGCUACCCACCGUCAUCGUCUCGCUCAUCACUAUGGCAGUACCCGAGCUGAUCUUCCAAAUCUCGAAGCGAGCUCAAGGCUUCGUCACGUUCAGCACGCUGUACGACCAAUGUCUGUGUCGAUACUGGAAGUUCAUCAUCUGCAACGUCGUCAUCUUCUUCUGCAUCGGUGUUACGGCCGUUCAGACCAUCCUUCAACAGGUUGACAAGACUUCGCAAGUCCUAGACACCAUCGCUUUCAGCUUUCCCACCGCUGCACCCUUCUUCGUCAGUUAUCUCAUUCUGGGUAUGGCCCUGCACACAGGCUUCGAGUUGCUCGGCUUCAUGGUACCUCUCAUCCAGCACUUGGGUGCACGAAAGGCGCCGACGCCACGAGUCAGAGCUCUGAAGACGCUUCCACGCAACUUCAAUAGGUACUACUGGCUCCCCUUCCACAUCCUCAUCAUGACCAUCGUCUUCAUCUUUGGCGUUCUAAACCCGCUCGUCAUCCCCUUCGCCCUGAUCUACAUCUUCGUUGCGAUGAUCGUCUUCAAAAAGAAUUUCGCCUUCACCUAUUUCCGGCGCUUCAACGAGAUGCAAGGAGAGAUCUACUAUGCGCGCCUCUUGCGUUUCAGUUUGGACGGCCUGACGACGGCGCAAGCUGUCAUCGUCAUCUUCUUCUCCGUCACCAAACAGGAAGCCGUGUACAUUGGCAUGACUGCCGUGCUCAUCCCGCUCACGGUGGCGCUCAAGUUGCUCGCUACCCGUCUUUGGAAGUCCCAAUGCCGCGCUGUAGAAGAUGACGAGGCGAACGCCCUUUGCGGAAUCGGCGAGAAUACGCCUCUCACGCAGAGCGGACAAAGGGACUGGACCGAUGUGGAGCUCAGAGGCUCGCAAGACGCUGCGUCACGCAUGCCGCUGGAUGCUAGAGCUAGCGGCAGAUUCCCAGCGGUUCACGAAGCGCCCGCCACAGGCUCCGCUCUCUUCCGCUACUGGGCGCGCAUACACGACUCAUUCAACGCCAAUGGACGAGACAGGCCCAGCUAUAUUGCUAGCAUGCAUGCAAAGGGCGAGCGAUUGGACAAGCCCGUUUUGUCAGGUGCCAAACUGGUCGCCAAGGCUCCCAAGCAUGCGUUCAAGUCAGCUGCGGAUGCCGCAAGGCACCGCGGACAGUCAGCGAAGGCUCAGAUCGAAUACGCUAGGCAAAAGCCAGGAAGUGAAUUGGACCUGGCGGAAAGAGCGGACCCUGCUCAAAUUCUGGCUGAACAGGGGCAGGCUGCUCGUCAGCAACGACGCAAGAACAAUGUAUCGGGGGCUUCGUUGCGUCGUGGUAGGAGCCAUAGGAGCGCGCUCAGCGACGAAGCUCCGUUCUUGUCGGGCAUUGACGCCGUGAACAAUCAUGCGCCUGUGGUAAUGGACGACGAAGAGCAAGACUUCGAAGACGGAGAGCCGGAGCUCGAGCCUUACAGAACGACGCCUCAUCGAGGCCGUUCGCAACGCCGCAGACCUUCCGGUUCAUACAGCACGAGCAUCAUCAAAGCCAACCCUGCCCCCGGAGUCUUUACAGACAGCCCCAGCGGUCGAGGCGAAUUUGGCGCUCUGCAUGCCAAGACCAGCAGCAGCUCUGGCGGAAACGAUUUCGCACCUGCCGUGAAUGAAAAGGCAGGCGUCGGGCGCUUUCAGCGCAUGCUCACUGCUUUGGGAGACUCUGGCUUCACCUCCGAUGGUACCGGCCAAGCCCAGAAGGCAGACGAGCUCUCGGACGAUGAGGAAGGAGAGGCCGAUGAUGGCGCUCUUGUGCGUCCCCACGGCAAGUUGCGCUGGGACGACACGCCCAAUAAUCUGGCACGGUACAACAACCCAUUCUACUCUCGUGAGCUCGAUCCGUUCCUUUGGCUUCCUCGCGAUCCUCUGGCUCCUGUGGACCUCUUCGACACUAUCGAGUGGUACGGCGCUGCUCUUGUCAGCUCUCAAGGAGGUCCGGGACAUGUGGGCGAGUGGGACGAAGAUGAAGAGGAGGAUGACCUGCCGUUGCUUGACAAGGACGGCGCCGUCAUUUCGCCUAGCGGCUAUGGUGAUGUUGGUGUGGCUGAGCUUCACGGCGACGAAGAGAUCUUCGUGACUGGCACGCUCGCGCAUCGCUUGCAAGAGGCCGAAGAUGCCGAGGUGGUUGUCGAUGUUGCUGCGAGCUUGCCGCGCAACGUCAUGGACGAGUAUCAGCGCGCCAUUCGCCGAGGCACAGCUUCAGAAAUCGACGGAGGUGACGAUUCUGCUAGCCAGCGCAGCGGAUCGCCCUUGACGGGUCGUAGGGCGUCCAUGGCCCUGAGUGGAGUCAGCAUCCCGAUCAGAUCACCAUCUCUGCGAGCAAGGCAAGCACAGCAUCUCGAUGCACACUACGAAGGGCAAGAUCCAGCUCGACUCAGUCCGAACAUCCAACGAAAAGUCACUGGCAACACGAUCCCUCCCCUGGACCUCGAACCGCCUGCUAUACCUUCGCCGACAGCCAUCGGCAAGAUGCCCACCACCUCCUCGCCUUUGGACAUUCAGGACGACGCUCAACAACAGAAGCAGGCCGCUGCUGAGGGCGCUGGAGUCGCUCAUCCCACCGUCUCCUUUGAUCCGACGGCAGCCGCACCUUCUCAUGCAAGACACGGCACCUUGGGCCUUGGAGCUGCUGAAGGCGCUCGUCAUGGGACGCAUCCUCGCCGUGCGAGCAUGCGCAGCGGCGCCGACAGCGUCCUGUCCGCGGGCUCGCGUACCGUCACGAUGCGACAAGCCUUGCGUGCCGAAAUCCUUGAGGAAGAGCGUCGUCGCGUGCUUGGAGAGAAAUUGUUGGCGCGCAAGAAGCGUACUUCCAAGCGGAAGGGAACCGCAGACACUGCGCGCCAUGAAGAGGCGAACGAUGCGGAAGACGCCAUGGAGAGAAUGGCAGACGAUUCAUCACACCUUCCCUCUGACACCAUCAUGGGCAGACAUGAGAGGGCUGUGCGCAGGCAACAAGCGAUGAGCGAGUCUGGCGAAGGCGGAGUGGGCAUGAGCCUGAGCCCGUCUGAGCGGCGCAACAUGUCGCUCUCUCAAGGUAGCGCUCGGCCUGAUCGAUCGCCAAGUCUUGCACCUCGCUUCGCGCUCAGAGACUUCAGUUUCAGCAGAGACAAGAGUCCACAAGCACAGCGUUCUGGAAGCAUCCUCUCGCGAGACAGUCCUGCACGUCAAGCCAGCGUUUCGCGUGGAGGUGCCACUCUGACUGCGGGUCGCUCGACUGGCGGCCUUCCCGUGCGCAGGCCCACCUCUUCGCAGAGUGCAGCAGCAGCAGGAGCAGCCGCACAAGCUGUGCCCAUGCAGCAACUUGGUCCAGGUCGCUUAGCCCUCGUCACAGCGCCCGCUGCAACUUUGGGCGCGGAACUCAACAACAAUGAACGAUAUGGACAGCUAAGUGCUAGUCCGGUAGAAAGCUUGCCUCGGGGCGGAUCUGUGCCAGUGACUCCUGACGUGCCAAGCAUCGAGGUUCGCUCUCCCCACUCUUCCGAACCACCUGCAUGAAAUGAAGACUCACGACUCAAUCAUGCAGAUUCACGAUGCAACCAUCGCCCUAGCGAUUCAUUGACGAUGGCACAAUUUCCCCUCUUCUCGUCCAUGACUGCAAUAUCAUACCAGCUACGAUACCCCUUUUGAUGCACGAAUCGCAAACGUGAUUGCGCGCCUCUCUUGCUUCAUAGCAGUCGAAACUUGUUCUUCACGUCUGUGCAGUCAUCGUUUGGCUCCCUGCAAGCUCCUUGCCUGGCUAAUACAACGAAUGUGG